AUGGAUCAGAAUCUGGCAAUUCCUGAACUCCGUCUCCAACCAUUUCUCCAACUGGUGGUUUACCACUGUCUACUCCGUUAUCCGUUGGAGUUGUCUGAUGAAGUGGGGGAAUCUGUUGUUGCUGUUGAAAUUGUGGUUGUCCUGGAGGCGGCGGUGGCGGUGCAACUGCUCCAAAAUUUCCUCCCGGUGGAGCAUUCGGAUCCAUAUUCACGUAGGGAAGACCGCCCAAAUUCUGAUAAUUGUCAUCACCGGACGAACGAAGUGGAUCAUUUGGAACAUUUGCUGCAUCAUAUGGAUCUGCCAUUCUUCUUUCGUUUCCAGCAGAUGUUUUAUUCCUCUUUUAUUGAUUGGUUUUACCGUCGUUCCGUUGAUUCAAACAAAACACAGAAAUGA